CGCAAAUUCCCUUCAAACCAAGUUUUAAUAGCACAGUAAUCCCCGAGCAAUCGCGCUCCACCGGACUAACCUACACACCGCGAAUUUUGAAUUACAUCCCUCAUAAUUAAUUGUUUUUGCCAUUUUUUCGCUAUUUCCAGUGGAUUUUAAUGAGUAAAAGCCUACAAACCGACGAAAAUGGCGGUGUCAGUGAAAGUCCAUCAAAUUGCACAUAUUGCUACACGCUGGAAUGCUCUCUACGCAUCGAAUCCACCUCAUCAAUCAAGAAAAAGACUCCAAUCUCCUCGAAAAGCGCUAUAAUGACUGUCGGCAGAAAUGCGCAGAGAAAAAUUCACCUUCAAAUCGAGCUAAAGACCACCGCUACCGGACAGCCCGCUGUAGUGUGCUAUGACGUCACAGAUGCAGUUGUACACUUGCAAAGCGUUGCAAAUGGGAAGUGUACUGUAGAAAUUCCUUCGCUCUCGUUAAUGUUCCAAAUGUUCAAUUGCGCGCCGCGAAAGCUCAACGUCUUCAUGAAAUCUCUCCAAGCAAAGUUGGAUAUUAUGAAAAUGGAGAAAAGCCCAAUUUCAGCAGUACCCCGGCAAUUCUCACGUCCGCCGGCAGUUUUCAGCGUUCUGAGCCCGCUGACGAUCAGCGAAAUGCGAAAAGUGAAGAAGCUACGCGAACCGUCGGCGCUGGCGAGACCUUCGAAAGAGGCGACCACACCGAAGCGGCGCACUUCCUCAAUGAAUUUGCUCGCCGGCGGCUUGGAAAAUCGAAUUAUGAAUCGAUCGAUUGGGCUGAAAAGGACGACCAGUUUUGCUAGAGAUGAUCGUGAAAAAGCCGAGACCCUUGUCUCCCUGAAAUCAUUCAAAGAUGCUCCUGCAAUUUCCGAACGGAUUCAGCUGUCAGAUGAGCAAAAAUCGGUUGUCCGAUGUGUGAUAAAUUCUCGAACGAGUGUCUUCUUCACGGGAUCCGCUGGAACCGGAAAAUCUGUGAUUCUUCGGAGAAUCAUUGAAAUGUUGCCCGCCGGGAACACCUAUAUCACCGCAGCGACAGGCGUUGCGGCUUCCCAAAUCGGCGGAAUCACACUUCACGCGUUUUGCGGUUUUCGCUACGAAAAUUCGACGCCUGAACAGUGCCUAAAACAGGUUUUACGCCAAAAUCACAUGGUCCGACAGUGGAAACAAUGCUCACACUUGAUAAUUGACGAGAUUUCCAUGAUUGAUCGCGACUUUUUUGAAGCUCUCGAAUAUGUCGCCCGUACCGUCCGUAAUAACGAUAAGCCGUUCGGUGGAAUUCAGCUCAUUAUCACUGGAGAUUUCUUUCAAUUACCGCCCGUCUCGAAGGAUGAACCAGUUUUUUGUUUUGAGAGCGAAGCCUGGAGCCGAUGUAUCCAAAAAACGAUUGUCCUGAAAAAUGUGAAACGACAAAAUGACAAUGUUUUUGUGAAAAUUUUGAAUAACGUUAGAGUUGGAAAAUGCGACUUCAAAUCAGCGGAUAUUCUAAAGGAAUCCUCGAAAAAUCAAUUCCCAUCCAGCGUAAUUCCAACCAAACUGUGCACACAUUCAGAUGACGCCGAUCGAAUUAACAGCUCAAGCAUCGAGACAACACAAGGCGACGCGAAAACCUUCCACGCCUACGAUGACGAGAGUUUUGACACGCACGCCAAGGCCCGAACGUUGGCACAGAAGAAGCUUGUGCUGAAAGUUGGAGCUCAGGUGAUGCUCAUCAAGAAUAUCGAUGUGAUCAAGGGACUUUGUAAUGGGUCACGUGGAUUUGUGGAGAAAUUCUCUGAAAACGGGAAUCCUAUGAUUCGAUUUGUAUCGCAAGCCGAUGCUUCCAUUGAGAUCCGCCGCUCCAAGUUCUCAGUCCGCAUUCCCGGGAGUGAUGCUCCGUUGAUUCGCCGUCAACUCCCACUCCAACUCGCCUGGGCCAUCUCCAUUCACAAAUCGCAGGGAAUGACGCUCGACUGUGCGGAAAUUUCGUUGGAGCGCGUUUUCGCCGACGGACAGGCGUAUGUGGCGUUGUCGCGCGCACGAUCACUGGCGGCAAUUCGAAUUAUCGGCUUCGACGCGUCGUGUGUCCGAGCGAAUUCAAAGGUUAUCGAUUUUUACAAAUCCAUCGAGGCAGAAUGCGACGACGAACAGGACUGGGAAGCCCCUGCUGCUGGACCAAGGCUCAAGCGAGUUCGAUCGAUUUAAUUUUUUUUUUUAAAUUUUUUUGUGAUCUCCAAAUGUUCUGUCUUUCUGUCUUCCCCCCCCCCCCGCCAAAAUUCAUUAACUGUUUUAUUUCACAACACUCUGUAUCAUCAUAAUUUUCACAUAAAAUUGGCUAUUUCAAUG